AUAUUAAAGUAUGCAAUGUUGUAAAAUGUAAAAUAAAAAUUGGUGUACAGUUGAUUAUAAUAAAAUAACAAUUAAAAUAAUAGUAAUAAAAUAUUUAUUAUGAAAGUUACGAAGAACUCUAUAUUGAUUUCCUAAACAUUUGUUUUUAUACAUCAUAGAAUUCUUUACUCGUUUACGAAUUUCUGUAAUUUAGACAACAAAAUCCACACCACAAUGACGGUUCCUCAACUUGAUCAAUUCGUGUUGACUGUCAGAAACCUGUCUAAUAUGUCUGGUGAUAAUCGAGAGUUAAAUGAUUAUCUCUCUAAACAAACCGACAUUCUUCAAAGAUAUGUGGCCCAUUUGGAUACUGUUCUAGAAGCUCUGGAUGUACAUGAAAAUUCACUGACGGUUCUUACUAUUUUGGGAGUAAAGACGACUGGUCAAAUACCCGGAGAUAUACCAGCUGUCCAGUAUCACACUGCGGUAGCAGCCCAAAUAAAUGAUUUUAUUACUGCCGUCAGUGAAGAAGAACUUCGAGCUUUGGCUGAGCAAUUGGCCAAUGUAAUGAAAACCAUGUUGAAAAAUCUUGGUGAAAUAAAUAAACCAAUGUCUGCUAUUCCAAUUGUGAAGAACGCUAUCAGCAAACUACAAGUUCAUUCAUAUCAACUGACCGAAGUGCAUAAUCUUUUGUGUCAGGCGUGUUUAAUGUCAAACAAUCUGAAGCCAGCGCUCAGUGUUUUAGACCAGGAUAUAUACGUGCUUGGCACUGAAGAGCCGGGAGUCAUAUUUGAUAUAAAAUACUAUAUAAGUUACUUCUAUCUUGGUGGUGUCAUCUAUACGGCAAUGAAGAACUAUACGAAGGCGAUCACUUUUUACGAAAUUGUUCUUACCACUUUAUUACCUUCCAUGUCGCAGAUUAUGAUUGAAUCGUAUAAAAAAUAUGUAUUAGUCUCAAUCGUACAUUUGGGAACAGUACCCGCUAUCCCAAAAUUAUCUCAACCACUCAUAGAAAGAGUAUUGAAACCUGUUUGUCAAGCUUAUCUGGACAUAAUACCUGCUUACCAAAGUGGAGAAGCAGAAAAUCUUCAACGAGUCAUAACCAAAUACGAAGAUGUCUUUCUGAGAGACAAGAAUAAAGGACUAGUUGGGCAAGUUGUUAAGGCGUUGCACAGAAAGAAUAUACUUAAACUGUCCAAGACUUUUUUAAACAUGUCUAUUGCUGAUUUGGCUCAAAAACUUAAUCUUCUUAGUGUAGAAGAGGCCGAAGAACAUCUUUUGAAUAUGGUUGAAUCUGGUGAGGUAUUCGCGAAAAUAAAUCAUCAAGAAGGAAUAGUUACGUUUAGCGACAUGCCUAAAAAAUAUGAAGAUCCCAUUGUGCUGAAACAGAUAUUAGAUGAAAUUACGGGCAAAAUAGAAUUUAGCAAAAUGAUACAAAUAAUGGAUGAAGCGAUAACGACUAACCCAAUGUUUGUAAAGAAAACAAGCACCGAAGAAGACGGACUAUCCAUUGGCGGACAAGGUUCAUCGAAAAGUUAUCAGUCGUAACAAUUAUUGGAAUUUAAUUAAGCAACAAUAAUUAUACCUAGAUUACAUUAUUUUUUAUGUAAAACGGAUUGUAUAUUCCAAUACACGCUAAAAUUGUGUAUUGAAAAACCUACAUGUAUAAAAAAAUUCAACAAUCAAAAACUGAUUGGCUAAAAUAUUGCUAAAAACAAAAUGGAAUUGCUUAUGCUUAAUGUUUAACCAUAAAAUUAGAAAUUGUAAUUUUAUUGCA